CGCGUUUCACCGCAGCUCGUCCCCGGUGGCCGUCUGACGUACAAGGCUCUCUACUUGCGCUCGUUUUUGCUCUCUCCAUCGUCUCGCAAUCGCAUCUACAUUCUCAUGAUGCGACGCAGUACUUGAGCCUAAACAACAUGUGCUACUUCCACUGAGCUCAUCCCCUCGUCCAUCGCACCCUUAGCUGUCUCGAAGCGAAAUCCUUCGCAUCGCAGCACCCAGUUGGACCGUGGGAAGAAUGAGCAGCAACUUGCACAUCUCCGACAUUAAGUCGGAAGUCGCAGAUCUUGAAGCACGCAUCCCAAAUGCUUCCAGCAAGGAUGAGGCUCUAGAUCUUGCAUUAAAGGCGGCUGAGCUGUGCAUGAAGGCAUUGAAGCUCGCUAGCGACAAAUCCCAAAAAUCGGACAUCAGCUCCAGGUGUCAGAGCCUGCUGACCGAAGCUGAACGCAUCAAAAAGACUAACGAAUGGGCUUCGUCGCUGCCGCCUAGCUCUAGCUUCAUCCCAACCACACCGCUUUCCCAGAAUUCUUCGUUGGCUCGUGGAAGCUUGAGUGAAAGGCUGGCGAUAAAAUCGUCAGAUACACCGCCCAAGACCAAGAGAUCAACCCCGCCCAUCCCUAACCGCAACCUCUCCACUUCCGAACAGAUAUUGCUGCUUAAAGGUUCUCGACUCAACGGCCAGACCUACCCGCCAUGGAAAGGCGAUCCGGAGCCCAGCGAGUUCACCCUUGAUUAUGAUGAAGGUCCCUUCACGGAUAAGGCAAUCCUUAACUUAUCAUCUCACCAACUUGCCAGUUUCGAUGGUUGGAGGCGCGCGAAAGAUGCUCUACCACCUCCCACAUGGUUUCCUGGAAAGAGAGAUGGGCUGGGCCCUAUCAUGAGUGCUAACCACAGUAUCGAUCUGGUUCAGGAUGCAGCUACGGACUGCUCGGUGGUGGCUAGCCUCUGCGCUGGUGUGGCUCGUACAGAGCGCGGCAAUGAAAAGCUUCUAUCUAGCUUUAUAUGGCCAUUUGAUGACGAAAAGAUGGCACCCAAGAUAUCCGACAACGGAAAGUACAUUCUACGGCUCAACUUUAACGGCUGUUGGCGUAAGGUCGUCAUCGAUGAUCGUCUGCCUGUCUCGAAGUCUUCACGGAUGCUGCAUGUGAUCGAUCGCAAAAACCCUGCAUUACUCUGGCCAGUCCUACUGGAAAAGGCUUAUUUGAAGGUCCGAGGCGGCUACGACUUUCCUGGUAGCAGUUCUUGUACCGACUUGUGGAUGCUCAUCGGAUGGCUCCCAGAACAGAUCUUCUUACAAGAUGAAGAAGUUGUAUCAGACGAAGUUUGGACGAGGCUUUUCAGCGCUUUCGGCUUCGGUGAUCUGUUGAUGACAGUCGGUACUGGCAAUAUGAGCAACAGAGUUGAGAAAGAGUUAGGCCUUGAAGGCCAACAUGAUUACGCCGUGCUAAAUAUGAGGGAGGUUGACGGAGAGAAGCAGUUACUCCUGAAGAACCCUUGGGCAGAAGGAAAGGGAUGGAGGGGUGUCCGGAAGGAGUCUUUCGCCACCGAGAAUGCCACUCCACCCCCCAACUUGUCUGCCAGCAAAAGCUCAGACGGCACUUUUCCAUUCCUACCCCGAAGCUCUCAGGAUCCUGACCACCUUGAACCUGGUACCUUCUGGAUUAAUCUCGAACACGUCUUCCAACAUUUCGAGAGCAUCUACGUCAAUUGGAACCCUGCAUUAUUCAAGUAUAGACAGGAUAUCCAUUUCUCCUGGGACUUAGCCUCCUUACCGAGCAUUCCGACCUGUUUCAUUAACAACCCGCAAUUUUCUUUAUCGACGACAGAUGAUACGCCCAUCUGGCUGCUCCUAUCCCGUCAUUUCAAGGAAGAUGUCAGUGGAGUGAUUCGGAGCCAAGAGACAUCGGUAAAUUCUGAAGACUCUUCCCUAACCACUCUCAUUGGAGACACGGACCAUUCUUUCCAAAAACAGGCCAAUACCAAAGAUAACGGUAUGGUCACCCAAGUCAAGUCAGAAAAGUCUGGGUUAAGCGACCUUGCACACGGCUUCAUCAGUUUGUACAUAUUCGAUCAAGCUGGCAAUCGUGUCUACACUAGCAACAUUGAAACAAUUGAGCGUGGCGCCUUUGUCAGCACGGCACAGAUGCUUCUCAAGUGGAAGAAACCCUCAAAAGGAACAUUCACUGUGGUUGUGGAACAGAUGGAAUUGCCUCGCGACCUCUAUACUUUUUCCCUAUCGGUAUUCGCUCUCAAGCCUAUCAAGCUGGACCAUGCGACUAGCCAAUAUGGCCAAACAACCAAGCUUGAGUCCUCCUGGAACAAGGCAACUGCAGGCGGCAAUCUUCAGAGUCCGACCUUCAGUGAGAAUCCGCAAUUUAGCUUGAAGGUGCCGCAAAAUACCUCCCUUGCCAUCCUUCUCCAGGUCCCGAGCUCUGUGGUCGUGUCCAACGUCGUACUUCUCCAUGGACAAGGCAAGAGGGUGUACUCUGUUAAAAACAGAGAUAUUAUCGCCAACUCCGGUGUUUAUAAAAAACAUUGCGCAUUUGCUGAACUUAGGAAUAUUGAUCCGGGAACCUACACCAUUGCUUGCUCGACGUUCGAAGCAGGCCAGGAAGCCAAAUUUGAGCUCAGAGUCGACAGCAACGUCCAGUGCGAGCUAAAAGCAAUACCGCAAGAAGGUGCCGGGUUAGUCCGUGUCAAGCUGGCAGAUGCUCAAUUCCCAUCGACGGCUAGCAUGAUCGCUGCGCCCAUUGUUCCCCGCAAGCUUACGCGUGUCACCAUAGUAGCCAGGUUCAGCCGCGCUUAUAGCAGCUACGAUAACCCACAAAGAAGCAACAGAAGUCCUCUACGCGUCACGCUUGAACUUGGACGUGGCCCAUCGCGUCGCAUACUUAUCGCCAGUGGAGACGGUGAAUACGGCGAUAGUGAAGCUGGUGUGAGAACUGAAGAGAUUGACCUGAACCCAGGCAUGUUGCAAGGAGGAGAUAUGUGGUUGGCUCUGGAUAGGCUUUCUGGGCCUUCGUCAGGGUUCGCAGAGGUCUACAAGGUAGAGCUGUUCUGCGAUACUCCUAAUGCGCUGGAGGUUGGAGUAUGGAGGAGCUUUACGGCGUAGGGGUUCAGGAAGGGGGUUUAGCAUACGAAGCAGUGGGGACGAGACAACCGAAGUUAGCUAGCGGGAAUCUCGCGGCCUUUGUGGCUGGACUUUAGGAUCCUUGAAAGGAGACAUGGACGGCAGCAGUUUGUUGCGCUCCAGUCGCGCACAAAUUACCGAAUGGUGCUCUGGUAGAUAGGAUGCAACCCCAUGCUUUCUCACUGC